UGAUCUAUAAUAUAUGUCAACAAACUUAAGUUGCUUGUUUUAUGAUACUAGCUUAAACAAAGAUACGAGCUAUCCAUUAUUAAUUUACUUCCUUAAUUAUAGAUCAGUGUUUUUACUCUAAAAUUGCAGUUUAUAAUAAUCUUUAAGAAUACACUAACGAGUAAAUUUUACUUGUAAUUGAACCAAUAAAAAUUGUUAAUAAUUAUAUAUUGAAUGGUUAUUAAAACUUGAUACACUUGACACGAUGGAGAGGCAAAGAAGGAAAGUGCAAAAACUGAGACAUGAUUCAGAUGUAAAAGAUUUGUCUAAUUCAUCUACUUCCACUUUUGAAGAUGAAGAUGUUAACACUAGUAUUAACGAAGAAGAUGUCGAAGAAGAAUGUCUAGAAGAAGGUGAAUGUGAAGAAGAAAGUGAAUGCGAAGAAGAAGAUGAAUGUGAAGGAGGUGAAAUUGAAGAAGAUGAUGUUGAAGAUGAUUCUACCAUACAGCAAAGUGAUGGUAAAAAUAAAGAUCAAAUUUUUAGUAAUAUAAGUCCAAAUCCAUGUUCUGACAUAUCUCGAAAAAUUGAUGAAAAUAAUUUUCAACAUCAAGUAGAUAAUAAAUCAAUAAAAGAUAACUCUUCCAAUUUGACUAACAGUCGUAAUAUAACUGUUAAUGAAAAUGAAAAAAAUGAAUUGGGCAAUAUAAAUAAUUCAUUGGAAUCUUCCAAUGAUGAAUUAGAAUCUGAUGAUUUGAAUGCUAAUCUAAAUGAAAAGCAGAAGCUAGCUGUAGAUUGGAUGGUAACUAGGGAAUGUGAAGAUCCAAAUGGUGGAAUAAUUGCUGUAGACAUGGGCACAAUUAACCAAAAAGUUUUGAUGAUACUGAACUUAAUAUUAAGGUCAGGAAUUUCCAAUAGAGGUGAUAUUCAUUCAGCAGGAGACUCUGAUGAUAUUGAUGAAACAACUUUAAACUUCACUGGUCACACAUUAAUAAUUUGUACUAAAGCUACUUUAAAUGAAUGGUCAAAAUCUUUGAUGGAUGAUUCUUUUCCAAGCAACUUAAAAGUUUGUGUUCAUUAUGGUCGAAAUCGUGAUGUUUCACCACAAAGAUUGUCUCAAUAUGAUAUAGUUCUAACUACAACCACAUUAAUAACAAUAGGUUAUAGAACAAAAAAUGAUAAUCCAUUAUUUCAAGUCAAAUGGAAUCGAAUAAUUUUGGAUGACGCACUAAGUGUUCGCAACUAUCAACUACAGUCAUCUAAGGCUAUCUGUCAUCUGUCAAGUAAUUGUCAUUGGGCAUUAGCUGGAUCAAAAUUUGUUGAUGAUAAUGAUGAUGCUACUUUUAGCAUGAUUAAAUUUAUUAAUUACAAACCAUUGAAUAAUUCUGAUCAAUGGAAAAAGUGGCUUGAGAAAAAUUCAAAUGUGACAGCCAGACAAAAAUUGAGACAUCUUUAUUACAUAGAUAAAAUUGUUUAAUACUUAGCUUCAAUAUUUGAACCAUUCCUACAGUAUACAUGUGUAUUAUUUUUGUUUGUUUUCUAAUGAUUAUUUUUUAAAUAUGUUCAGUUUAUAACUAAGUGAUAAAAAUUGAAUUAUACUGUUUAUUACAUUUAUUUAUAACAAAACAACAUUAAGAUUCUAUUAUUUUAUAACUUUUCUAUUUGUAUUUCUAUAAGAAAAGUAUAAACUGAUAACAUAUACACAGCGAGUUUUAAUUUUUUUCUGUUACCUAUUUUUGGUUUAUACAUUCAUAAAUUUUUUUUUUUUUAAUAUAUAUGUUUAACAUACAAUUUACUUUUUCCAUGUAUUAUUUUCAUAAUCCCAUUUAGAUGACAAUCCAUCAACUGGAUCAACACGCAAUUGAAUCAUACGUUUAAGUUGGGCUUGACGAGACUCUAAUGACAAUGAUGGAUCAUCUGAUGUGUUGGA